AUGUCAUCAUACCAGACCUACCCACAGCAAGGUGGGAGAAACCAGCCGGGUGCCCUCAGCGAGAGAUCAGCCGCUUCAGAGGAUGAUGGAGAGGAGGAGAGAGAUCUACCUCCUUCAAAGGCCAAUGGAACAGGCGCUCCAAGUAAUCGUGCAUGCGUAAGUUGCGCCCGAAAAUUUUCGCCUUUCGCUUACCCCCACCUCCAGGAUUACUGUCACCGGAUGAAGAUGAAAUGUAUCGGUAAGGAGAAUCCACCAUGUAAUCGGUGUAGGCAAAGCAAACAUCCAUGUACUUUUGAUGGACCGAGGAAGUCCAAGUCGUCUAAAGUUGAAGACCGAUUGCGCCUUGUGGAAGCACAGAUCGGGGCCAUGCAAGGGAAUCUACAAGAGCUGUUGCAGCUGCAAAGAGGUGCAGCUGCUGUUGCCGCGGCGAACACCCAUCCAGCUACUACGAACGACUUGGACGCAAACUCCCCUGUUCACCUCGGUCAGCGACAUUACUCAUCCCAGACCGCUCAUGGACCAUUGGGCCCGCCUCCUUGGGGAGCACCACCUCAUCACCCUCACCGAUCUCGUGCCGUUCCAUCUCCCGGUCCUUCCGAUGAGGAUGAGCCUAUCGAUCCCCUCAAAUCGGCUUAUGCAGCUGCGCCAUGGGCAAAUAUGCUUCACCUGGCCGAAGCUGCAAGACUGAAAGCAGAUUCGCACAUCGGCGGAGAUGAUGACCAAGGAUUCCGACCGAAGGUGAUCUCUCCUCGCUACGAUGUACUCGAUGAUGCGCAAAGAGCGAGAAAGCGACCUCGCCCAAUGAGCGCAGUAGGGGAUGAUGCUUCUUCUGUUCACAUCAGUCUCAACGAAAGAGGACCCAGUGGAUCACCAGAUCCGGUCGAUCUAGGAUGGUGUACGUUGGAGAAGGGGAGACAGCUAUUCGACACGUGA